AUGUUUAAACCGAAUGAUGGUGAAGAACCGGUCAAGAAAGAAGUUGUAGCAAUAUCAGAAAAACUGCAGCCUGCUUACUUACCAACAUUACUGGAUAACCAGCAAGGACAUCAUGACGCCUCACAGGUUGAGGUAAAGGAGGGGAAGAUUGCCUCCAUUGUGGAAGAAGAAGAAAAGCAUGGAAAAGCCAGGCAUGCACAUCUUGAUGAUCCUGGAAGAGCUGAAUGGAAAGGAUUUCCAUCAGGGUGGGAUUAUUACAUUGGUUUCUGGGGAGGUCUUGUUCCUGAAAACGCAUUCAAUGGGUCUGCUCUUGAGGAUCUGUUAAAUGCCGGUGCUCUUGGUUUGAAGGAUGAAUAG